AUGGGCUAUACAGGAAACCCUCUAGGCUUCACUGCUUGCUGGAAUAUUACACCAUCCAUUCAACUUGCAGAAGAAAGUCCUACUGAGGUUAACAGCGGAAGUAAUCAGCUGUUCAGUGUUCCUCCUUCAGCAUUCAUUCCUCUUUCCAGAACGCCGUCCCCUGCCCGCCCUUCUCCCUCAGCGCCGUCCCCUGCCCGCCCUUCUCCCUCAGCGCCGUCCCCUGCCCGCCCUUCUCCCUCAGCGCCGUCCCCUGCCCGCCCUUCUCCCUCAGCGCCGUCCCCUGCCCGCCCUUCUCCCUCAGCGCCGUCCCCUGCCCGCCCUUCUCCCUCAGCGCCGUCCCCUGCCCGCCCUUCUCCCUCAGCGCCGUCCCCUGCCCGCCCUUCUCCCUCAGCGCCGUCCCCUGCCCGCCCUUCUCCCUCAGCGCCGUCCCCUGCCCGCCCUUCUCCCUCAGCGCCGUCCCCUGCCCGCCCUUCUCCCUCAGCGCCGUCCCCUGCCCGCCCUUCUCCCUCAGCGCCGUCCCCUGCCCGCCCUUCUCCCUCAGCGCCACCAAGUACCGGUACCACUGCUAGCAAAACUGAAGGUGUAUGA